GCUCUGCUAUGAAUCAGCUCAAGGACAGUGAAGAGGAAGCUCCGCCCUCUAAAACCACUCUGUGUGAGGAACAUGAGGGUCAGAGGAGGAUCCAUCAACAGAGACCAGACUCUGCUGGACCUGGACCCAGCUGUGUGUCCAUGAUGAGUGACUGGUCCAUGGAUGUACCUGUGAACUUCAAACAAGAACAGAGGACGAUCCAUCAACAGGGACCAGACUCUGCUGGACCUGGACCUGGACCCAGCUGUGUGUCCAUGAAGAGUGACCGGUCUAUAGAUCGUCUUAUUAACUUCAAGGAUGGACAAAAACAUGGUGAACUGAUAGUUGAUCAGCAGAGGACAGAGGUUCUCAGUGGUCAGUCUGUCCAGCAGCAUGGAGCAGACCUGGACUCCAUAUUUAAGCUGCUGGAGGAGAACAUCAUCUGCUUUGUGAAGAACGAGCUGAAGAAGAUCCACAAGGUUCUGGAUACAGAUCACACAGAAGUCUCAGAGAGUCAGAGGGAGGAUGAGGAGCAGAGGAGCAGCAGAGAGGCCUUUCUGAAGAUCACAGGGUACUUCUUAAGGAGGAUGAAGCAGGAGAAGCUAGCUGACAAAAUCAGACCUUCAGCUUGUCGGCGUGAACUCAAAUCAAACCUGAAGAAGAAGUUCCAGUGUUUGUUUGAGGGCGUGGCUAAAGCAGGAAACCCCACCCUUCUGAAUGAGAUCUUCACAGAGCUUUACAUCACAGAGGGAGGGACUGGAGAGGUCAAUGAAGAACAUGAGGUCAGACAGAUUGAAAGAGCUUCCUGGAAACCAGACAGACCAGAAACAUCCAUCAGACAAGAAGACAUCUUUAAAGCCUCAGCUGGAAGAGACUGA